AUGGCGUCAAAACAGGAACUGCCGAAAGCACCGGAGCCUUUCCAGGAAGAGGUGCAGACGUUCCCAACCGAGCGGCUGAAGCACGUCGAUCCGGAAGAGAAGGUGGUUCUUCCAUCGAAGGAAGGUUCAUACGGUUUACUGCGCACGGUGCUUGUCCCGUGGUCGAUGCUCGGUAAUCCUCAUUCUCGCGCCGUUGACUCAUUUCGAUGCGACGGCGACGGCGACGGCGACGACUGUCUGUUAGUAUUUAAGCUUGGUCGUUGGUUCGCUGAUGGCCUGCUAUACCCCGGUCAUUUGAUGAAGCGCUCACCUCGUUUGCGCUGA